AUGACGACCUUGUCCACUGAAAUCGUAAAGGAUAUGUAUUGCUCAGAUAGCUCGUUCACUGAGAUCGUAGAGGACAGACGGAUCUCGGAUAGCUCGUCCACUGAGAUCAUCGUAGAGGAUAGCUAUAUCUCGGAUAGCUCGUCCACUCAGAUCGUAGAGGAUAGAUAUCUCUCGGAUAGCUCAUCCACUCAGAUCGUAGAGGAUAGAUAUAUUUCAGAUAGCCCAUCCACUCAGAUCGUAGAGGAUAGCUAUAUCUCGGAUAGAUCGUCCACUCAGAUCGUAGAGGAUAGAUAUCUCUCGGAUAGCUCAUCCACUCAGAUCGUAGAGGAUAGCUAUAUCUCGGAUAGCUCGUUCGCUCAGAUCGAAGAGGAUAGAUAUAUCUCGGAUAGCUCGUCCACUCAGAUCGUAGAGGAAACAUAUAUCUCGGAAAGCUCGUCCACUCAGAUCAUCGUAGAGGAUAGAUAUAUCUCGGUUAGCUCAUCCACUCAGAUCGUAGAGGAUAGAUAUAUCUCGGAUAGCUUAUCCACUCAGAUCGUAGAGGAUAGAUAUAUCGCGGAUAGUUCGUCCACUCAGAUCGUAGAGGAUAGAUAUAUUUCAGAUAGCUCAUCCACUCAGAUCGUAGAGGAUAGAUAUAUCGCGGAUAGUUCGUCCACUCAGAUCGUAGAGGAUAGAUAUAUCGCGGAUAGUUCGUCCACUCAGAUCGUAGAGGAUAGAUAUAUUUCAGAUAGCUCAUCCACUCAGAUCGUAGAGGAUAGAUAUAUCGCGGAUAGUUCGUCCACUCAGAUCGUAGAGGAUAGAUAUAUUUCAGAUAGCUCAUCCACUCAGAUCGUAGAGGACAGAUAUAUCUCGGAUAGCUCAUCCACUCAGAUCGUAGAGGACAGAUAUAUCUCGGAUAGCUCGUCCACUCAGAUCGUAGAGGAUAGAUAUAUCUCGGAUAGGUCAUCCAUUCAGAUCGUAGAGGAUGGAUAUAUCUCGGAUAGCUCGUCCACUCAGAUCAUCGUAGAGGAUAGAUAUAUCUCGGAUAGCUCGUCCACUCAUAUCGUAGAGGAUAGAUAUAUCUCGGAUAGCUCAUCCGUUCAGAUCGUAGAGGACAGAUAUAUCUCGGAUAGCUCGUCCACUCAGAUCGUAGAGGAUAGAUAUAUCUCGUUUAGCUCAUCCAUUCAGAUCGUAGAGGAUAGAUAUAUCUCGGAUAGCUCGUCCACUGAGAUCGUAGAGGAUAGAUAUAUCUCGGAUAGCUCGUCCACUCAGAUAAUAGAGGAUAGAUAUAUCUCGGAUAGCUCGUCCACUCAGAUCUCCACUCAGAUCGUAGAGGAUAGAUAUAUCUCGGAUAGCGCGUCCACUCAGAUCGUAGAGGAUAGAUAUAUCUCGGAUAGCUCAUCCACUCAGAUCGUAGAGGAUAGAUAUAUCUCGGAUAGCUCGUCCACUCAGAUCGUAGAGGAUAGAUAUAGCUCGGAUAGCUCGUCCACUCAGAUCGUAGAGAAUAGAUAUAUCUCGGAUAGCUUCCUACUGAGAUCGUUCACAGUCCAGCAGUAA